GUAGCCCAGGGCAGGGGCACAGGAAUCAGCUCAUUAAGCAGAAGUAACAAUUAGAGCAGCGAAAUGAGCGGUGUGAAGGGAGAUAUGGAUCGGGAGCCAAAGCAAACACUGAAAUCGCAGUUUGGUAAAUAAAUCCUUCUCAUUCCCGAGGGUGUCUCACUUCCCAUACUCGUUAAACGCCAUAUAAAUGUUCCCGAGGCUCUUAAAGCUCCUCAUUACAUCGACUUUUACCUCCUAAAUGUGUUUCCGAUGGCUGAAGAGGCUCUACCACUGUCUCCGGCGGAAAUGCUCCCGGCGGAACCGCGGCUACAGCCGGGAGAUCUCCCUGGGCCACCGCCGGUUCUGCAGCGGCUCCUUCUCCGACGGCCGCGCCUCCUUCACCUGCGGCGGGGAGGGCUCGGUCAGCUACAGCCGGAGACCCUCCUGCUGGCCACCCCUGCCAGCCCCAGUCCCCUACAGCAUCCCAGUGGGCUCCUCGUGUGACGGCCCCGUGGCCACCAGCGGGCGUUGUGGGCUCACGUCGGGCUGGGAGGUGGCGGUGGAGACGGUGCCGGUUUAUGGCGCCGCGGUGGCAGCGGGGUACGGUGAGGAUGUGGGAGGAGGGGGAUUCAUCCAGCACGGAGGGGAUUUGGGGGCAGGGUAUGGGUACAGUGCCCCCCUGAGUGACACCCUAACCGCGGGAGGGGUCACUGAGGGCGCAGGGGGAUACGGAGUGGCGACAUUCCCGACCCCAGAGCUCAUCCCUGCGGGCGGGGAGUGCGCCCAGGUGGUGCAGCAGAAAUGCCCCGUGGUUGUCCCCACCGCCAUCAAGACCCAGCAGUGCAAGCAGAGCACCCAGUGGCCUCCCAUCCAGAAGAAGUGACUUGGCCCAGCAGCCUCUCUCCCUGCAUCCCAAAAAUGAUCCUUUUUUGACCCGCUUUUCCCCAAAAGUGGAACUUUCCCCCUGAGCGUGUCAUCCGCGCUCCUCAGGUGGGGCUGUGCUGACAGCAGUGCCCCGAGAACUGCUGGGAAAAGGGAAAAUGGGAAAGAUUCUUUUCUCCACCUCCUUUGGAUAACAGGUUGGAAAAUAAAACCUCACGGUCUGUGGGUAGUUUCAAUGUUGGGAUGGUUUCUUUCAUUUCUGGCUCCUUCACUCCAGACGCAAGUGAGUC